AUGAUAGUUAAUGUCCAAGAGAACCUUUCUGCUAAUACAGGAAAUGGCUGUAGUGCUUUCAACACUCACGCAUCAGUAUCACGCCGUAUUGAUGAGAUGGCAGCUGAUGCUGAAAACCAAUUAGUCUCAAAACUGCAGGUGAAUGAUUUCUCACUUCAACUCGACGAAUCAACUUUACCUGAUAAUUCUGCUCUUCUGAUGGCAUUUGUGAGGUUUCUUGAUGUUGAUGAAAUAUGUCAAGAAAUGAUUUUCGCAUUGAAAUUAACGACAGACACUAAAGGUGAAUCCAUCUUCAAAACACUGGAGGUCUAUUUUGAGGAGAACAACAUUCCACUCAAGAACAUUGUGGCUUGUGCUUGUGCUGCUAUGAUGGGAAGAUGGCUCUCUAAGGCAGUUAUAUCCACCGAGCUGCUUGAUGAUGACCUAGCAGUGUAUGUUGACCAUCUCAAGCAGCUGCAAAAUGAAAUGGAAACUCGCUUCUCUGACCUACUCCAAAUGACUGUGCCACAGUGGUUUGUGGAUCCCUUCAUUGCUGAUGCAUCUGAAGUUGAUGUCACCCUACAAGAAAGUUUAAUUGAGCCUACGAAUAACACAACAGCUCAAGCAAGGUUCAAGCGUGGAGGACACCAGAAGCUGUGGAUGAUUCAAGAUGUGUAUGAGAAGUACCCACUACUCUGGAAAGAUGUGACGUUGCUCUUACUUGCCUUUCCAACGUCUUGCUUGGUUGAGACUGGUUUCAGUCGGGUGAUGUACCUGCUGUCAGACACGAAAUCGCCUUGA